GCACUUUCGUGCCGGAGGUUUCAUUUGGGAGAGGAUGGGCCGAAGCGGCGCAUGGCCCAAUGGGCGGACGGUGCAUCAUUGACAUCUUGCUGGACACCCAGGUGGAUGAGGGAUACGAGGCUACUCAAGUGGACAGCACGCAGGAGGACUCGGCCAAGCCCAUCGAGGUGGUGGAGGUGAGCACGGAUGAAGAUGUGGACACCACGGCCAGCGAGGGGGAGCUGGCGGACGAAGGCCUGCCGGAGCUCUCGUUGCGUCUCUUGCGCUUCUGCGGUGUGCGGGAGGGAACUGCGCUCCACCCGCCGCCCCCGAGGAGCUUCCACCGCCAGGCGGAGGCCUUGCGGUGCCUCGAGUCGCUGGCGGCCAGGGGCCUGUACAGCCCCCACGAGCUGGGUCUCUUCUCCCGGGAGUUCACCAGCACCGGGUGCCGCAGCUUCUUGGUGGACACCUUCCCAGGCUUCGCCCUGACCUCCGCACCCAGGCAGCUGACUGGCGCGCCACUGCCAGCGCGCCACUUGUACGAGGUCUUGGUGGAGAAGAAGCCUUGCUGGCUCUACUUCGACUUGGAAUACUCGCGCACAGAGAACCCCCAGCUGGAGCCCAAUCGUGUGGCUGGUGCCUUCUACGAGCUGCUGGGCCGGUUCUGCGAGAACAGCUUGGGCCAACGGCUGGAUCACAGCGCGGUCUACGACUUGGACUCCACCAACGCAGACAAGUUCUCGAAGCAUGUGGUGCUGAAGCGCCUCGAGAAGGGCGAGACGUUGGCCUUCCAGAACAAUGCGCAGGCGGGUUUCUUCAUUCGACGGUUCAUGGACUUUGUGCGGGAGCAACGGCAGGCAGGCGACACCUCCGCCUCCCUGCUCUUUGCGCGGACGAAGCCCAAAGCCUCCGCGAAGGGUGCCGAAAAGCCCGAGCCGGAGCCGGAGGCAUCCAUUGUGGACGAGUCUGUGUACACUCGGAAUCGCUGCUUCCGCGUGCUGUUCAGCACAAAGUUCGGCAAGAACCGGCCCCUUCUGCCCACCUGGUCAGCUGCCCCGCCUGCGCAGCAGCUGCUCGAAAGCCUGGCGUCCUGCGUCCCGGAAGGCACGCCCUUGUUCAGGCACCCAAUGAUCCCGCCGGACUGGCAGCACGAAGACAUGAAAGUCGGGAGGUCCGGAAAGCGCCCGGACCGGCGCGAGCCCUCAGAGGUGGUGGAGGUGCCGUGCAAUGCGUCCGAGCACUCUGCCCUCUUCAGGCAUCUCAUUGAGCUCUGGGACGACAUCCGCUCCAAGAACGAGCCGACGUCCACUCACGUGCCCACACGGGUCCAGCGGAGCCUUCUGAUGAGCUCAGACUACAUGGUGGUCUCGCUGGCCAACAACCGCUUCUGCUUCAAGAAGGGCGUGUCACACAAGUCCAACGGCGUGUACCUGGUGAUCAAUCAAAAGCGGUGGGUGGCCUACCAGAAGUGCCACGAUGUCGCUGACUGCCCUGAGUUCCGGUCUCACGAGUUCGCUCUGCCGGAGGAGCUGCGGCCGCCCGCUGAGCCAGACGCCGUGGCCGAGGAUGCGGAUGCGGAAGGCAAGGACGAUCCCAUCUCCCAGGAGUUGUUGACCCAGCUCAUGCCAAUCGAGGACGAUCCAGUGACGCCUCCCCGACUGCCAAUCCAAAGGCGUGCGUCCAGAUCGCGGAGCGCCUCGCCCCUGGCGCCGUCGCGCAAGCAGCGCAAGCUGCGGAGGAAGAGGCAUUCACCAGAGGAUCGUUCGGCUGGGGAACCUCAGCCGAGCGGCUCCUUGCCUGAGUUGCAG